GCUGGUAGUAACACACGCACUCGGCCUCUCAGAGAAGAGAAAAACACGUCUUCUCCUAAAGACACGCAGCACUGAAGUGAUUGGUAACCAUGAAGGGGCUUCUGUUCCUGUGUCUGCUCCCCUUGUUUGGAGCUCAAACGUCAUCAGCAUGCCCCCACCUUUGUUCCUGUCAUGGUAGUCAGGUGGACUGCAGCAGCAAGUCUCUCACAUCCUCCUCGCUGCCCACCAGUUUCCCUGCAGGAACCACCUCCCUCCUUCUCCACAACAACCGGCUGACGAGCCUCCCCAAUGGGCUCCUGGAUGACUUGACCUCCCUCAACUCUGUCUCCCUUCAUGGUAACCCCUGGGAUUGUGACUGUGGCAUCCUCUACCUGCGAGCCUGGCUACUGCGUCAGCCUGCCACCCUCACAUCACACCUGGGCGUCAACUGCAGCUUCCCUCCUGGCCUGAGAGGGCGGCUGGUGGUGUAUUUAACAGAGAAGGAGGUCCUGGAUACCUGCCAUUACUGGUACUGUGACUUGGCUCUGGCCUCGCAGGUGUGUCUGUUUGUGUUUGUUGUGGUGCAGGCAGCUCUGCUGGUGGCUCUCAUCGUAUUCCUGAGGAGGUUCGAGAGGCUGUCCAAAGAGGCAAGGAGAACCACGGAGGAGAGCUUCACAGCAGGGGAGAGUCUGAGGGACAAGGAGUACGCUCCUUUGAAGGACAGCAGCAUCUGAGAUGGAGCUGUAAUGAUUUUUAGAUACAAAUUAAGAAAAAGAAGAGCUGUUGUUAUUUGCAUAUUGGAGAGAAAAUGUCUCUCACAUGCUUUCAUGUUUCAGACUAUAGCAUAAAAGUUAAUUUUUAUGCACAAUCAGUUGACAAAUUAAAGGAAAACCCUGAAUAAAUGAGUAGAGAAAGAAUAAAUGCAGAUGCUUAAAAACAGGGAACCAGUGGACAGGUUUGAGAAGUAUGUAAAUAAUAAUGUAUCAAAUCAUACUAAUAAUAAACUGAGCACCUAUAGGAGAUUUGUGAUGGCCCAACACCUCACUAAGACACUUUAUGUUGGUUUUUCCUUUAAUUUGUCAGCCAUCUGUUUAACACCAUAGAAUAAACUAAAAGAAAAGAUAGAUUAAACGUAACAUGCAUUAGAGCCUGUCCAAUAUUGGAGUUUUGAGGCUAAUGCCAUUGUAGUCAUUUGAGAGUAAAAUUUCCAGUAACAAUAUACUGGAUGGUAUUCAUUUUAAUAACACUGACAGUUUUGGUAAGAAUCCUUUCAGUGUCGUUAUUAAACAAUUGUGACCCAAGAUAUGUACUGAGCUAUUGAAAAAUGAACUUGCCAGCGCUGUGUUGUGUAAAACUCUGUAAACUUCUAUGAACACAUCACUUUUUUUACUUAUCAGCCAUACGUUCAUACAGAUUUAUCUAUUUUCACAUCAAUUGAUAAUAUUGCAAAUUGGUUGGCCUGCAAUGCACAUUUGUACUCAUUACACUUGCUCACAAUAACCUCUUUUUAUGGACAUGAUAAUAAUGAUCACAUGAAGAAACGUCAAAUUUAUAUGUAAGGUUUGACAAUACAGAUCCUUUCUGCCAUGUGGUUGAAAUAUCAGAUUUAAAUUUUCUAUUUUCAAAGGCUCAUGUGCUUGAAAACUAAUAAAUAAAAAUUUGUUUUAG